AUGGAUUGGCUUAGACGUAGUCUUUCUACGAGUUCAGGGAAUACCAUAACCCCAAAUACCCAAACCAAGUCCAACUCCAAAGUACAACAUCAACAAGAAGGAGAAGAAAAAGUAUACGGGAUUACCGAGGAACUCAUCAACCACGUCAAGUCCUUCACGAUUGACACAUUUAAGAAUUUCCCUCUCAAAGAUGAAGAUGAAGGAAGUUAUGGGGAAGAAACUCAAUCCUCUUCAAGCAAAGUUCGAAAGGAUCUCUCCCAGUGGCAGGAGAGACAUGCAAUCCUCGUUCUCUCAAGAGUAAAGGAAAUAUCUCAACUGAGAUAUGUACUGUGUCCUCGCCAUUUGAAGGAAAAUCAAUUCUGGAGAAUUUACUUUAAGCUUGCCAGGAGCCAUGUUCUCGAAUAUGAGCUUCGCCACAUACAACAGGAGAAACUGAAGCGGAUGGCAAUAGAAGAUGAGAAAUCUUCAAGUAACAACUCAUAUGAAGUUGAAAUGGCAGAGACAAAGCAUGGCAUCUUUAUUGAGGCUCAGCUACCCUCUGAAUGA